AUGCGCGCUGCUGCUAUCAUCACUCUUCUCGCCUCAGUGGCUUCUGCCGCUCCGGCCGAUGACCGUUCUUGCUCCAAAGCCAAGAACACAUGCCCUGUUGUCUUUGACGGCCGAGUCCCUGCAAAUGCCACUCUGGCCGACUUUGAUAAGGAGAAUGGUGGCGGUUGGAACCCCUAUAACCCUGGCUACGUCAAGGGAAACAACAUCUCCUGGUCCGAGAUCAUCAAGCUUCCCCAAACCACUCCAUCUCGUUUUGAUGCAACUGGAAAGACCCUCCCUCUUGAGGUUACCAUCAGCGACGAGAGUAUCUUCAUGAAGCAGGUAGGCUUCAGACGUGCCGGUCUGCAGUUCAGCAAGGACAAGAACGAGGGUAGCCCUGGUUCUGAGGGUAUCAAGACUCUUCAUUUCAGUCUCAUCCAGGACAAGAACCGACCUCUUAACCUCAGCCACGAGUACCUGAAUGUAUGGCACGAAAAGGCCGAUUACUCAGGAAACCAGUUUCAGUUCCAGGCUGGUACCAUUAUCGGCCAGAACCAUGCCGCCGCGACCUGGAAGCUCUUUGACGAGAAGAUGAAGCUUCUCUGGGAGACUCCCAUGCUCAAGGGCAAGUGGCAGAACUUUGCAAUCACUCUCAACUUCGACAAGAACACCAUCCAAGCCUACUACUCUGAGGGUUCCAAGCCCCUUAAGGCCGCUACUAAGCCCAUUGCUCGCGACUUGAGUGGGCAGGGACAGUACCAGAUCGGUAUGCUCAAGAAGCCUACUGGUACCGAUGAUGUUGCCAAUGCUGGAUUCCAGGAGAACAACUUGAACGAGGGACUUGUCUAUGGUGGCAUCUUCCUCGAGGACAGCAAGAAUGACUGUGUCUCUCUUUAG